UGCGGUGACGUAAACAGAGCAGAGGACGUUUCCGUMGCAACUGUGGCCCGGUCCGUCACCCGUAGCGGCCGCUGACUGCGUCGAGCUCAUCCCUCGGUUGGCGGCGGGGAUACCACCGGGGCCUCGAGACACGCGGGCGACGCAGCGUCGAGGGGCGAGUCCGCAGUGCCGUGCGGUGAUGCUGAACAUGUGGAAAGUCAGGGAGCUCGUGGACAAAGCGAGGACAGGGCAUCAAGAAACGGUCGACAGGAAACAGUCGAGUUCAAAGACGAAGAGGAAACCGUCACAACAAAGAGCAUCCAGAUCACACAAGCAACAGAAACCACAACCACCACCACACGGAAACGCAGCGGAGCAGCCAGCAGCAAGACGCUGGACCUGGGGGCUGCAGCCCACUACACUGGAGACAAGAGUCCAGAGGGCAAGUCCACAGUCAAGUCUUCCAGCAGUGGACUGGCCGACCUGUUGGUCAUCGACCCUUCAUCCAAUCAGAGCGCAGCAGCAGGAGGCAGCUCAGACCUCAUCGCUGGAUUUGCUGACUUUUCCUCCCCUGCAGCCUCUGCGAGCCUCCCCWCUUCCACAGCUGCCGCGACACCCAGUGGAAAUGGAGAAUUUGGAGACUGGAGCUCGUUUUCAGGAAACCCUCCAGCUCCGUCUAACUCGGGUCCAUCCCAGGCUGCAGGGGACCUGUUUGGCAGCAGCCAGUCGCCCACAACACCAGCCUCUAAAUCCACCUCUGUCCCUCCAUCUGCUGAGCUCCUGGACCUGAUGAGUGGAGUUAACCAUCAACUGACCAGCCCACAUGCAACGCUCAGUGCUUCUCAGAGCAUGACGUUCUCUUUGGGAGGAAUGACACCAGGAGCAGCUGGUCCUAUACCUACCAUGCCUCACUCUCACUCUCAGCAGAACUUGGUGGGCCUGGUGUCUCAGCAGCCGAUGGGACAGCAGCAGAAAGCUGGUGUUGGGGGUCAGGGGUCUUUAGGGUCAACGUGGUCRGACCCAUCCGUUAACAUCAGCCUGGACUUUCUUUCAGCGGGCCUCAACCCCACUAAGACCCCGCCUACUCUCAACAAUAUCAUCCAGCAGCAAGGGGUGCCUCCCGUCAACCUACUGGCCCAAAACUUCGGAGGACUGAACCUCAGCUCACCGCCCCAUGUGACCCCCAUCAGACCACCCACCAACCCCAUGAUGACGGGCGGCGCCAUGACGAUGGGCAUGCCCGCUUCCCUGGCCAUGGGUAUGCCACCUUCAAUGAGCACGGGUUUACAGGGUGGGAUUCCUGUCAACCAGGGUAUGAUGGGAAUGAACAUGAGCUUGAAUAUGGGCAUGGCCGCUCCGGUGAUGAUGGGCGGAGUACCAGGAAUGGGCCUUACUCACUCCAUCACCCCAGCUAUGGUCCCGCCCAAACAAGAUGCCUUUGCUAACUUGGGAAGUUUUGGAAAAUGAACGUUUGCAAAUGUGUAUGUGUGUGUGUGUGCGUGCCUACAGGAGGACUGCUGUACUUGAAGACAGUUUUGCAUGUUUCACUGUCUGCUUCUGCUCUCUGAUGAGCCGGCACCAGUGAUGGUCCACCAGGACGUAGCAGAACACCCACUGCUGCUCCUCAGCCUGUGGUAAUCUGGUACAUACAGUUAUCACACAGAGGAAAAACAGAGGUGCUGUGAAGGUGUCAACACAUAACCUAUAGUCAUUACUUCCCUCCCAGAAACAUGUUUUGUCUUCACAUGUUUUUAUAUAACCACCAUUUAUCCCCUUUUAUUCUGUUUUUAUCAGUAACUUCAUCUAGAGUUCAGUCAGUAGGUUGGAUCGGUGAAAAAGGCACUACUGYCUGAAUUUUGCUUUGCAGCCUGAAAUUGUUUUUAAUAUUUCAGAAWUUUUUAAGCCAUUUCCCCUAACAUCAGAAGUGAAUCUGUAAAGCCUUUUUCAGACGUGUUCAGUUAAUUUGAUUAAUUAAAGUGGUAAUCAGGUUUGUUUUUAGUGCACCUCACAGUUUUAUUCAGAUACCCCUGUGACAGAGGUGAGGUGUUAUUAUCAAUGAGGGCCACAUUUUCUCAAAUUAUAUCACACUUAAUAAUAACAAGCACUCCAGUCGAGGUUGAAACAAUGACCUGUUGUACUUUGAUUUGAGCCAUAUGUGUUUGGACAAAGUUAAGCUAAGAGUCCUGUUUUAUUCUUGUUUUCCUGUUUUUUCUUUUGUAAUAGGCAGAUUACUUUAGAUGCUCAGGAAGUUGGUCAUUCUUGAAGAAAAUAAAAACAUGAACAAAAUCUCCGUAAAUGUCACCAGUUUCUUUACCACACAGAAGACAUUUACAGCUGAGCUCUUCCUGAGUUGUUUUGGUAUUUGAGUCAAUGAAUAAACUGCCAGUCAGUAUUUCCUUCACUGUACUUUUGACUUUUUUUUUUGUAUUUAUGCAAACUUUUACAGGUAUUUCAUAACGAUUACUGAGCCUUUCAGUGUUCUUUUUAACUCACACACAUCUCUCUUGAACUUUUUUGCAUGGGCACAAUGCAGAUGGAGGUGGAAAGAAAUCAACAUGACUGAAAAACACUAACCGCACAAUAGAUUUUAUGUURACCGCAGUGACGGGAAGUUGAAUUUUUAGUAAAUUUCUCACUGUCUCUUGAGUAAAUAAAAAUAUUUUUUUGGCAGCAAGCAUUUAUUUUUCAUCUUGCAGUUCACUUUGUGAACUCUUGCUACAUGUGUUACAGACCUGCCCUACAUUACGGCACACCGGCGUGGAAUAAAACGCAUAAAGUGACAUUUUUGAUGACAAUUUCUUGGUAGCUUGCAACCAGGUCAAUAGGUUUUAGGGGAUUUUGAGUGAUACUUGUGUGAGAAGUGAGUGUGGCGUUGUGUACGAGUAUAGUUUUCUUGAUUUGAUGUGCAAACAGCUAAUCAAAGCCUCCUGUCAUUUUCUGAGGCGCUGUCCUCCAAAUGACCAAAUCUUUAUUUUGUUACUCUCAGAAGGAUAAUUCCAUAGCUUUUAGUUUUAAUAUUUUAUUAGUUUAAUUGUAAAGUUCAUAUGGGAGAAUUACAGCUGAUGUAAUUUAAUCGUGUUUUUUUCCCUUCAGUACAGAUUUUUUUUUUAUUUGAUUGUAUUCUAUAUUUUCUGUACUUCAUUCAACAUUAAAUUAAAUUAUAACAUUAA